AUGAGGAUCAUCCUGAUUGGAAAAACUGGAGUGGGAAAAAGUGCAACAGAAAACACCAUCCUGGGACGCACCAUGUUUAAGUCACAGGCCAAAAUGGAGUCUGUUACCAAGAACUGCCAAAGAGAGUAUGGUACGGUAUGUGGUCGACCCGUGGCUGUGGUGGACACACCAGGACUUUUCGACAAAACCUUCAGUAAUGAAGACAUCCAGCAGGAGAUCAUGAGAUGCACUGAAUUCUUGACUCCUGGACCACAUGUGUCAUUUCAGCUUUCUGGAACAAUAGCUCUGGAUGAAAAGAUAACAGAAACAGAAAGAGGAGCAACAGGAAUAGAAUCAGAGCAACAUAAUCAAAAAUUUAAACUAUUUGGAUUACUGAGAAAAAGUACAAAAUAUGGGGGCAAAAGAAAUGAAAGGCGGAUCACUAAAAAUGAAGCAGUACAUGAGAAAGAGAGAAGAGAAGAGUUAAAACAUACAGCCAAAAAUGAAGACAAACACUUCACAGAACCAAGUGAGACAAAGAAUAAGGAAGAAAACACAGACUUACCACAAACACCUGAAGGGCAGAUACACACAGAGAAAGAGAAACUUCUGCUUCAGCAAAUGGAGGAAUGCAGGCAGAAGUUGGAGAUGAUCAUGAUGCAAUACAAAGAGGAACAGAACAGAAAUCCUGAUACCACCUUAACGAAAAAAUGUAAAAAUCCCUGUGUGCAUCAAUAA